CGUCGUUGCCGGUGCGUCAGUCAGUCGUCUGCGUGACUGCCGUUGCGUUUGGGUCGUGUGCGCUUGUUAGUCUCCAACCGCUUUGACACGUGUGGUCGCGGCGCGCGCGCGUGUGUAAUAGCUGAUCUUGUGCGGACUUGACCGUACAUCCAAUAAUUGUUAACCGUAAACGCAUUUAACCUAUUGUGUUGUAGUCGUCGUUUUUUCCGAUCGAAUUUCCCGAAGCAAUAAAUCCGUUCGCCGCGAUGAAUCCGUCGUCGUCCCGGGUGUCCGCCGUGGAUGGCCGUUUUCAGUGCGAGUGUUGAGUUCGCGAUCGUACGGUGCAUUGUUAUCAUACCAUUCAUACGCGUCGUACUUACGAGCGGCUGUGCUGUUAGCGUUAGUUUUGGGCACGCGUCGUACGCAGUGCUAUGAUGUUGUACGUUUUACCGCCACCGGCGGCCGCCGGACCGCCGUCUCCGUGGUCCACGAUUUUGUGCGACGACGGUCGACCGUCGUCGGCACGUGGCAACGAUGGUGGCCAGCAAGAGCCGGCGGUGGCCAACGGUGGCCGGUUGACGUACAAACGGAACGCCAGCAACAACAGGCGAGUCAAAGCGUGGCUGAACGCCGUCCAAAAGAAUAACCGUCCGCCGCCGCCCAGGAAACCUUCGGUAGACGCUGCGGGUCCUGAGGAUUCGGGAGCCGGCAGUUCGUUGGACGAAGAUGAACCGAUUAAAACCAAUCGCAGGCUUAGCGAGUGUUAUUUCGCCAACAAGGGUUCGACGGCGGUGCUGUGUUCGCUCUCGUCACACCAGCAACAGCAACCACAGCAACAGCCGCGCCGUAAAAGACACCACCAUAACUCGCUGCACCCGCACAGACACCAGUCGCUGUCCGCUCCGGCGUCCAGUCGGCUGUCUGCGGGCGAAGACGAGAUGCAGACCCGCGCUAAUGACAUACAGGCACAUCUGCAGUCCAUGUUCCACAUACUCAGGCCCGAUGACAGUCUGAACAUGGCAGUAAAGCUGGAAAGUGUACAUUCCGGCCGUACCAGAUACUUAGUUGUAGUUUCUUGUAUAAAUGGAAAUUGUCAAGAGGAAUCCUGUCUUUUGGGUCUUGACUGUAACCAGAGUACUACAAUUGGGCUGGUGCUUAGACUUCUAGCAGACACCACAAUCACUCUGGACGGAGAUGGGGGAUUCAGCGUUAGCGUAUGCAGUCGCCAACAUAUUUUUAAGCCCGUCUCAGUACAAGCCAUGUGGUCGGCUCUCCAAUCUUUACAUCGGGUAAGCGCUCAAGCCCGCGAACACAACUUUUUUGAAGGUGGUCUUACCCACGAUUGGAUAACACAUUACGAAAAACAAAUCUCCUCCGACCAGUCAUGUCUAAACGAAUGGAACGCUAUGGAUUCAAUCGAGUCUCGUCGUCCUCCGUCACCUGAUUCACUGAGGACAAAACCCAGCGAACGUGAAGAAACUGAACGCGUGAUACGCAGUGCCCUGAAAGAAAUCAUGAUGAGCGUAGACUUGGACGAGGUGACAUCCAAGUUCAUUAGGGGCCGUUUGGAAGAAACCCUAGACAUGGACCUGGGUGAAUACAAACCGUUCAUCGACCAAGAGAUGCUCACCGUAUUGGGUCAGAUGGAUGCGGCCACGCAAAUAUUCCCUCACGUUUACCUUGGUUCCGAAUGGAAUGCGUCAAAUCUCGACGAACUCAGCCGAAAUGGUGUACGGCACAUACUGAAUGUGACGAGAGAAAUCGACAAUUUCUUCCCUGGCUCGUUCAACUAUCUCAACGUUAGGGUGUACGAUGAUGAUAAGACUGAUCUAUUAAAACACUGGGACAACACAUAUAAAUACAUCACAAAAGCCGAACAAGAGGGCUCUAAAGUCUUAGUACAUUGCAAAAUGGGAGUCAGUCGGUCUGCAAGCGUCGUUAUCGCGUAUGCUAUGAAAGCUUACAACUGGUCUUUUAAAAAAGCGCUUGAUUAUGUACAGUCUAAACGCACCUGCAUUAAGCCCAACAAGCAUUUUAUCCUACAGUUAGAGACUUAUCAAGGAAUAUUGGCAGCGAUGAAAAACCGCGAAAAAUUACAACGUUCCAAAUCUGAAACAAACUUGGUGGCCACGUCAGGCCUUAUCACACCUCCUAAUUCACCUAAAAAGCCUUUGGACACCCCGAGAUCCCAAAGCGAAGGUGACAAAGACGCCACGCCACCGGAUCGAUUAGACAAAGAAGACGAACCCGUCGUGCCUAGUCCGCCAACACGGUUAAUGCCGCCAAAGUUAUUAGAUAUCAGUGGAUACGAUUUAAUGAAAUGCGGUGGAAGACCAAAGUCAUGGUCACCGGAAAAUAAUUUUGCCACCGAUAUUUUAACCAACUCAACGUUAUUGUCGCAAUCGUUGGAGAAAAUUAACACGGAUAAAAUUCCAGUUGAAGUGGAAGUGGAAGUUCCAAAUAUUCCCCCGGCACCACCGCUGCCUCCAUUCGGCCAUAAGUACAACGUCAGCGUGUUUAUGCCAUGCGGAAACGGGCUAAGAUCGUACAGCGUAUCGCAAAACAAAAUCGUUCAGUUGCAACCAGCUACACCACCACCCCCAAGACCGUCGUCAGUUAAACUACGAGUCAACGAGCUGGAGUCCAGCGGUAUCAGCGGUAGCAGCAACGUCACUAGCAGCAGCACCGGUGGUUGCACGUCUAGUCCUGACCGCAAAUCGACGGUGGACCCGAGCCGAAAUCUGGUGCUAAAUCUAACCACCCAGUUCGAGGGCGUGGUAGCCUCUUCGAGCGCGGCUAAUUCCCCUUCCGACGACAACGUUCUAGUCAAACCUUUACCUAUGGCCGAAUCACCGAAGUUCAGCCGCGUAGCCGUCAACAGACCUCCUUCGAUCGCCAUUUGCACCCCACAAAAACGGGACGGUGGCGAUCUGUUCUCAUCCCGACUGGACAGGGUGUUCGAUCGCGAGGAGCGCAAACAAUGUCGCGAACCCGCGGCCGACCAUCAAGCUACGGCGGUGAGCGGCGGAGACGUGUCUCGACAGAACUCGUGGAGCUCGUACGACAGCGCUGUCGUUCUGCGCGACGUCAUAUCCAGACACAGUUCGUGGGGCUCCUGCGACACUCGCACGUUGCCGUCCAGGAACAGUUCGUGGGGCUCGUACGAUAUCCGGCCGACCAUGCAGUACGUCAGCGAACGCGGAGAGAAGCCGGCAGUAAUAUCUACCGCAGCCUCUGUCGCCAAAACGGUCGUGGACGAAUCGUGUUACCGGCCGGCCAAGAGGCCGAAGCAAAAGGAUCAUCAAAAAUUACUGCUACCCAACUGUUAUUCGAGUUCACCAACGCUGGGUUUGCAGGGCGCUUCGCACAAGCUGGCCAACCGGGCGACCGCGUCACAGCCAAACAUAUCCGGUUUAGGAAACACCGCCGCAACCAACAUCGUAACCUCCGCGUGCAACAGCAAGCACAGUAGUCUGGUGAGGAGUCUGAAAGAAGAGUUCGAGGCCAAAGCGGGCGACGCGGUCGAAAAACCGGCGAGGAAGAACAGCGGCGGUGGAGGCGGUGGGAAUUCAGCCGAUGACGACGGUGCGGGCAACGAACACGUUAAAAGCCUACCCACGUCGCCGGUCAGCGAACACCCAAAGGUCACUCAACGGCCCAGCCCGGCCGCUUCCAUGGAGGACAUAUCGGUCAGAAAACUUGUGGGAAAAUACGAAAACGGCAGAGCCCGGUCCAAGACUUUCGUGCAGGACAGUGGUUGUCCGCGCAAUCCACACCAUCAGCAGCAGCCGCCCAUACCGACUCGGGUGUCCAGCCUGGACGUGACGGCGAUCGGGCCCCGUAAAUUCGAAUGCAAUCCCGUCGUUAAGACAGUCGUAUUGCCCAUACAGCAAAGCGACAUUCGCGCGUCCGUCAAUCGGGCGGCCAACAACAAACUACAACAGGGAAAAUCGCAUCCGCUGACUAAAUUAUCGUUCAAACAGCUGAAGGUAAACAGCACCGUUUACAACAGCAUGUGAGCAGCAAGCACGGAUCGUCGAAAACCGUAAAAUGAAAAACGCGUUCGACUUGUGAGUCGUAAUAUUAUUAUUAUGACGUACUAUAUAUACGUGUUGACUCUUAAUGAAUAUGUUUUGUUUUUUUUUUGUUUUAUGUUUUUUUAUUUUGUACCUUUGAACUCUGUUACGUUAUAUCUAUUUUUACUUUGACAAUUCAUCUGUGUAACGUUUUUCCCAUUUUUCCGAUCCGUUUACUCCCAAUAUAAUAAUAUAUAAUAGUAAACAUCACUUCUUGUCAACCCCCCCCCCCCCACCAGACUUUUUUUUCUAGUCUAACGCGCAAAACCACCGUAUAAACUGUGUACAUAAUAAUAUAUAUUAUAAUAUUAUUCAAUUAUUAUAAUACGAGAAUUUACCCAUACCUACCAUUGUUUACAAGAAUCUCUACGUCGCUUUACUUUACGACACGCUAUUCAAAGCAAAAACAAUAAUGAAAAUUAUAUAUUUUAAACAUUAUAACUUUAGCACAAGAAAAGAAUUGUUUUUGUUUGAUAUAUAUGUAUAGGUGCGCUCUCUCGUAUAAUAUAUAAUAUAAUAUAUGCUAUCUGCAUUUUCAAAAAAUAAAAAUUACAAUAUUGUCUUACAAAGUUGUAGAUCUCAUUUUUUUUUUUAUCGCUUACCCAGGCGGAAACAUUUGCUUCCUCGCAUGUUCCGGCAAUCGUAAUAACAAUAUAUUGUAUAAUGGUUGGUCGAUCCGUUGUGGGCACCACUCUCCUCCUAUAUUUAAAUAAUAUUGUGUAUAUAAUUUUGUAAGCUUAAUAUAUUGUGUGUUGAAUAAACGAUUUUAAAAAGUGUGUAUACAUUUUAAAAA